UUUCAUUACAAUAGGAGAUUCGUUGAAAAGUAUUGUUCAGCACAAUCAGUGCUUCAGUUGUGAUUAGAACUAUAAAAAAAAAUGUAUACAUAGAGUUGAAAAUUGUUUAAGUAUUGUUAUUAAAUAUACAAAUACGCUGUUUUUGAUUAUUUAUUUAAAAAGCGUUAAACCUGCGGUAAGCGUAAUGGGUUAAUUCAUCGCGUUGGUUAAUGGUAAACACCGUAAACAAAUGAUGUCUAGCUAUUUAAAUAUAUGAGUCAGACAUGCAUUUAACACAUUUCAAUAUUAGUUCAUAAUAUAGUGUCAAGGAGAGGCUGUGACUACUUCGUUAUCUGCCAUCUAUUAUCUUGCUGCGUAUUUUAAAUCGAAAUCCGUAAAAUAUACUUUUAAACAUGACUUCACCUCAAAACCAGCAACCUCAGGGUAUGGGAUCCACAAAUGUUAUAUUCAGAACUGAUAUACGGUUUGAUUUGAGUUACAUAAAGACUACUCCGGGAAUUUUUAAAGUUACUGCUAUUGUCCUCGAUCUUCUCGGCUUCAUUUGCAUACAAUCAUCAGCGUUCUGGUCUAAUGGACGAGGCGUUUACUUCAACGUUGUCGCGCUUAUGGGUCUCUGGGUUAGCGGUAUCUUGCUAGCGCUGUACCUGUUACACGUGGUCGAGAAAUACCACAACUUCAUGUGGCUGAAGGUUGAGAUGAUCGCGUGCGGCAUACUGUCAUUCAUGUAUUUGAUAGCGUCUACUAUAGUAGUUGCGUUCGGAUCGGCUGCGUACUCUGCGGCUGGGUUUUUCGGUUACCUGGCGAUGGUUCUGUACGGCUUCGACGCGUUUCUGAAAGGUCGGGCCAUUCAAGCGGGCGAGCUCGCACAAGGAUCCCUCGUGGUCACCAAACAGACGCAUGUCACCACUCCGCCCGCGAUGCCCUAACGAGUGACGUCACCACGGAUCGGUCACUACUCAGAUGCUCAAACAAUUAGCAAUUGACGCUAAGGUCAAAUUGUUAUUAUUAUAAUUUUUGUUAAAAAUUAUUUAAAUGAAUACCAUCUCUUUAAAAUCGUCUCUGUGCUAUGAUUACAAUAAUGGCGCCGUAAUUUCUAAGAUAUAAUGACAACUUCGAUUCAUUUUUGUAAAGUCGUAAAGCCCCCCUCCAUUUCAAAGUAUAGAAACAAAGUAUUGAAAAGUAAAAUUACACUUUUUUUACAUCAUUUAAUGCAAUUAUUUAUUUUUAUAUUAAUGUAGUUUUAAGUGUGAAUUGUAAGUUAUAUUUAACUAAGAUUUUUAUAGUUUGUAUGUUUUUACACUUUAAAGGUACAUAUUUCUCUCGAACUUUUUAUUUAUACAAACAAUUUGUUAUUUAAUUUUUUCUAACUAACUUUUACUUAAAUACAUAAAGUGUAGAAAUCAAUUGUAUGUAUGAUGUUUUUCUGUAUAUGUAAAAAUAAAAAUUACAGAUACAGCCUGUAAAUGUCCCACUACUGGGCUAAGGUUUCCUCUCCUUUUUGAGGAGAAGGUAUGGAGUUUACUCCACCACACUGCUCCAAUGUAGGGUGGUGGAUUUUCAUUCGUCACAUGCAGGCUUACUCAAACGAUAAUAAGUAAUUGGCAAUUUCAGUGCUUGCAACCAUUCAGAAAAUAAAUAUCUAUACACAUUUUGAAAUGAUUACAAAAAGUUUUUUCACCAAUUGAUGGUCAAAACAAAAAUUGUUCAUUUUCUUAUAUAUAAAAGAAACUUCACUUUUCUUUCAAAAUACUUUAUAAAUUUCAGCAUUUAAUCUGUGAUUACUAUUUUUUAUAUUCAUACUUUGUGAACCAUUUAUAACCUCACUUAUAACUAUUGCUUAGCGGCUGUUUAGUUAAACAAUGCCUUCUCUCUUUCUCUCAUUAUUGAUUUGACAUUCGAGAGAAGAAGAUACAGCAUUGAUUAACUAAUCACCCGUUAAUCAACGUUUAUAAGUGAGAAAAAAGUAAAAACGAUUGCUAAUACAUAUUUUUUUCUAGUCUUUCUAGUAAGAUAUAUAAUUUUAUUCACCAAAAUUAGAAUAAAAUGCUGUCUGAAUGAGAACGUUUUAUGUAAUAAGCUAGAUUUUUUAAAUGAUGUGUGUAAAUAAUAUUAUUUUUAUAGUUACAAAUGUAUAUUGUCUUUGAACGCAGGAUACCUUCAAAGACAGUAUAUUAUGUGUUUAUACUCCCAAAAGUACCAUAAAGCAAUUAAUAAAAUCAUGUCAUGAGACAUUAUUUAAUAAUGGUGUUAAAAUUAAAUCACAAAUGUCAUUGAAUUAAACUGAAAUCUUACAUAUAUAUUUAAAUAAUAGCAAUACCUUACUAAAAUUACAACCCUUUAUAUAAACUGAGGUAAAAAAGUAUUAAUUUUAUACACUAUGAGAAGCAAAGAUUAGUCUUAAGGAUUAAUAACUUAAUAUGUAUUUAAACCCACCCAUUCUUUGUUAUAUUUGCACUCAAAAUAAUGAUUAACAUGAAUCACUAUGCACUCUUUAUGGUCUCUAUAUCUUUACUUAGGUUUAGAGAAUGUUUAUUGCACAUGAUAUUAGGGUUUGCCAGAAGUUCUGAUUGACCAGGUAAUGCAGUUUGCAGUGUUUGCACAUAAUGUACUUAAUUAUAUGCUUAUAAGUUAAACGGCCUUAUUUAUAAAUGUUGUGGAGAAUGUUUAAAUAAUUAAUGCUGUGUUUUUCUUUCUAAUGUCAAAUCAAUGAUGACAGAAAGAGUUAAGUAUUACACAGCCGUUAAAGAGUCAUUAUAAGUAUGGCUGUAAGUGUUUAACGCUAAACUUUGGGCUUGUUAACAUAAUUAACAAGUAUAUUAUAGGCAUUUUUUUACACAUAUAUUUGCAGAUAAAUUUAUUAUUAUAUAAAUAAAUGUAAUUACCUAUUUAAGAUUUAUCUCCGUCCUCCGCAUCACUUGCUCAUGCUUGUGUCAAAUGUUCAAUAUAUUUUUAUAAUUACGCUUAAUAUUUUAAAUGCAAUGUCUUAUGUAUAAUUCUUAUAAAUAAUGAUUCGAAGCUUGAGGCUUUAAAUAUCCUUACUAAGAUUGAUCAUAUAAUAAAAAAAAUAAUAUUAUAAAGAAGUUUGUAAAGAAUUAAAUAAGAUUUGAUGCUUAUAAGCAAUUUAUACAAAAUGAAUAUCACAAAACUCAUCUAGGCCUGUGCAACAUGCCAAAUUUUUAGGUAGUUAUUUAUAAAUUUGUUAAAUAAAACUAUUUGUAAUUUU